ACGUUUUUUUUUUUUUAAACGUCAUCAUCUGUACUUGUCGUUAGCCAUUUCGCUUUUGUUGGGACUUCACUGCAUGUUUUCCAAUGUGGCCGAAUUCGGCUGCAGGUGAAGCAUCGACAGGUCCCUUGAUGGAAACGAGCGCUCUUUUUCCCACAUAAAAGUCAUGAGGGCUUUUUUAUUUCUUUUCAUCUUCGGGGGUGUGGACUUCUCUUCAGGCUCAUCCGUUCCUCCGAGCCCUGUUAAUGUCACGUUCACCUCGCUGAACCUGAAGAACGUACUUGAAUGGCUCCCAGGAAACGAAACUCCGGAUGGCACCCGCUACACCGUGCAAUUCGCCCUCUACGGUGACAGUGUGGCGGGAAGCAAGCGGGUGAAAUGGAGGCCGGUGCCGUGGUGCAAGGAAACAGAGAGGACGUGGUGCGAUCUGAGCCGCGAGACGUGGGAUGCGGAGCAGGGCUACUCCGGGCGGGUGCGCGCCGUGGGCGCCGGCCUUUCAAAGUGGGUCGAGACGCCGAUGCGCCUCGUUCCAAAGGCUGACACAACCUUUGGGCAACCUCAGAUCUCGGUGGAAGUGAAGGACAACAACGCCAUCAUCUACCUGUCAGGUCCAAUCAGAUAUCAGCCGGACGACCACGCCCCGCCCAUUUCCAUGGCAUGGCUCUAUCCGCAGAUGACCUACAACCUGACGGUUUACAACAGCCGCCAAGGGAGAGUGCACCAUUUUCCAGUCACCUCCAGCCCGUACAAAUACGGACUGAUGGAUUUUGAGACGGAAUACUGCUUCUCGGCUCAGGCCAGAUUCCUCUCCUUGCACUUCAAUUGCCACCAGUCCGAGAGGCUCUGCAUCACCACGGGAAAAGAUCCUGUCACCGGCCAAGUGCAGAUGGCGGUUGUUGGCAUUGUGUGUCCGUCGCUGUGCAUCUGCAUUGUUCUGGUGGUCGGCUACAUUCUCUAUCACUACCUGAUGGGGAAUGGACAGAAAAGGCCCCAUACUCUGGACGUGGCUUCUUUACGCCUUCAACCCAACGCAAGCUUACUCCCCGAUCUCAUCACCCCUUUGAAGAGCCAGUGUCCCUCGGACGAUGACGACAAGGACAACAACGCAUCAGAUUGCGUAACUAACAGUGCUGCCCAGCAUCCACAGCCGCCACCAGAGCCCGAAGAACCCUGCGCUGACUCUGUGAGCUACGGCGUGGUUGGGGUGGCCACGACGGAUGCCGGUGGACAGUGCGACGCCCACCCUAAAGAGUUACCCGUUAAGAACGCCACCUAUCUCGCCUCCCAGUGCUCCUUACCGCAAGCAGGAAGCAGAUGUCCCCUGGAAAAUGCGACCCAAAGUCAGGCGGACUUUCCAACAAUGUAUUUGGCGAAUACAGCUCCACGUGGCCUAAGAAUGCCCAUGACGGAGGGGAAGGAACUGACUGGGAGCCCAUAUCGGAGACGUGGAGAAGACGCUGAAAACUACAGUGUCCUCACGCCGGCAGGAGCGCAGCGAGACGAGGAGGGAGGAUCGCUUUGCGUUGAAUGGGACCGUGAAAAGAGGCAGCUGGUGCUGCCAGGGCUGGAGAUGACAAUGACCCACGGGGAGGGGGAAGGAGGCGGCAAGAAGGUGGCAAUGGCCGAUCUGGGGUUGGAAAAGGUGUUUGUCAGGCAAGCGUCACGGGAAGAGGCGGCACCGCCACAGGGGGCCACUGCAGGCUGGGAAGUGGAUGACAUUGUCAGAAAAUGGGAUUUGGUCAUCUCUAUGAAUGAGUAGCACUGCCCUUCACACAAGGACCUAUUGCAUUUUCCUCUUUGCCUGUUGCACAUGGAUUUUUUUUUGUUGUUGUUUUUUUGGGCAGAACUGUGGAGCAUCACAGCUUUAACAGAAGCCUCUUAGCUAGGAAUGAAGAAAUCACUACAUUGGCUUCCGGCAAGCAGAUAAUUAGAUGAGUGGCGCUCGGGUUGCAGCCAGUGAAUAUUUUUAUAAUAGAGUUUUCUACCGAUUAUGUCAUCAUGUGGAUAACAAUGUUUUUGAUCAUUGAAACCGCAAGUCACUUCUUAUUUUUGUCUGCAUCUUCACAUUCUACUGUAUUAUCUGGAUAUGUAUGGCUGGAUAAGGCGGGGCCUGGCCUGGUGCGUGACACGGGCGUUAGCGAAUGAGGUUGUAGAGUUGGCUGCUUGUGAUCUGCCUCAUCAAUUAGCCAGUCUGUGUAUUGAGAAAACUCUACGUGGUGGUGAAUGAAUGGAGAACCAUUUGUUCAACAAAGCGAUUGGAAGUGGA